GCCAUAUGAAGAGGACAGGCAUUGAGGUAUGAUAAAGACCAAGAUGGCAGCCUCCUUCAGUACGAAUACUCCGAAUGUGAUGACGCUAAAGAGAUUCAUGCUGAGGCAGGAAGUUCUGAAACUGUAUCGGGACACUCUGCGAGCGAUACGCGCUGUUGGCGACGAGCGGCAAAGAAAGGAGCUGCAGACUUGGGCGAGACACGAUUUUGACAGCAACAAGCACGUUACAGAGGAGGAUGCAAUCAAGAUGCACAUCGCCCGAGGAAAACUGGCACUCAAGGAACUUCAGUCAUCGGUACAUCUUUCGAAGUAGCUGCUUCUCACCUAUAUCUAUCGCACCUAUAUCUCAAUAAAAGUUAUUUUUUCC